UCAAAUUUACCUUGCCCCCAAGUUUAUACAGGCUAUUAGAAACGCUGAAAUGGUCUUUGUUGAGGGUACUAUGCAAAAUUGUUUUAUUUUUCCCACAUUCCAAACAUAUGACAGCCGUGGCUAUUCAGCCGUAUCACCAGUUCCGGGUUUCGAAAGACCUUCACUUCCGGGUUUGGAAUCAGCUCAUGUUAUAAAAAAGCAGACCCGCGACGCAUCCUCCACAGAAUAAAGUGAAUCGACUCAACUGACAGAGCUACCGCUACAAAGUUACCGCUACAAAGAAAAAUCAUUUGAAAAUAUCGCUCAAAUACUCUCUAAGGGCAAACAAAGUCAUGGCAGACGUUAUGGUAUCACCUCAAGCCACGUGGGCUGUUCCUACCACGAACUCCAACCCUGCAAACUCCCUGCAGGAAAAUCAAUUUCCCGUUACCCAACGGUCACACUUUCACAGUGACACUAGACAGAGUAGGACAGCAAACUCCGCUUCAAGAGAAACAGCACCAGUCAUGGAGGAAAGUGGUUGUGAUAGCACAGACGGCUGUCUCUUUCUUGGCGACAGUGUCAACGAAGAAGCGGAUACACUGAUGAACAUGAAGUUGCCAGGUGAAGAAGGAGAACAAGAAAACACUGAAACAGACCAAGAUGACAUUAAACAAACACAGAUAACAAACGGUGGUCAUCACCACCAUGGUCAUCACUUUAACGAUCUCAUUAAACGAUUCGAGUCUGCUGUGGGCCACGAUGAUCAGGGGGAGGAAGGAGACGAUACUAUCUCAGCAAGCCAGGUCGAACCAGAAGAGUCCAUUAUUGGUGAUGUUGGAGGUUUCAUUAAUGACAUCGGUGGAGGUCUAAAUGAUGUUGUGCACACCAUAGCGGAUGGCGUGCACACCAUAGCGGAUGGCGUGAAGAAGGUAGUGCAGAAAACGCUCUAUGUUUUUCCAUCGAGUCACACAGAUGAAGAUGAAGGCGCUAGUAACAUUCGUGUCCAACACCCCAGUCUAACGGGGAAUAUAGUCAGCCUGGGUAUGAAUAUGCAUAAGGGCAUCAGAGGUCACCUUGUGCAGUCCGUCACACCAGGAGGGCUUGCACAUAAAGCUCACAUCAAGAACAAUGAUAUUAUAAGAAAGGUGAAUGAUACCGAUGUAGGAGACUGGGAGUUUGAAAAGCUUCAAGAGUUCUUCAGCAGUCAAACAAGUAUCGUAAUCAAACUGGUAGUUGAACGAGAAAAUGGUGUGGAUGAGAACGGUCAACCUCGCUUUAUCACUUUUACACUCAGCAUUGAGUUGACUUUUGAAGACGAUCGAGUAGUUGCUGAAAUAGAUGUUAGUUACACCGCUUGGCCAUUGGGUUACUAUGGCGAAGAACCCUCUGAGUUGUCAACAUAUUUAAUCUGCCAAGAAGGGAUCAAGACAAGUAAAUAUCUCAGCCUGAGCGAAGACUUCUGCGGCAUGACAACUAAAUGUACACAAAACUGUUACUUUAAGAUGUACGCAUACAGUCCAGGUGUCGGGUCUCCAAGGGUCUUAUACAACACCAGUAUGAAGGCACCAGUGGACCUUGGAAAGAAAUCAAGAAUUGGCACUGACAAUGGAUUAACUGGAACCGGAAUCAGCACAACCAAUGACAAGCGCUUUUUUUACUAUCGGAAACAAGGUUCCUUGUGUGCGUUCGAGCUCAUGGCUAAAGAGAAAUUUUUCCUGACAGUUAACGACGAUGGUACUAUUACGGAGAAAUAUUUUUCAGACCUGAAAUCUGUCCCAAGUGCUGGACUCUUCACGGCUAUCAAUCCGUCAAAAGCGAAACCAUUAUUUAAAAAAUAAGACAAACAUUUAAAAGGUAUUUAUUAAGAGAUUAUGCACCCAUCUCAUAAAUUAUUGUCUAUAUUUGAUCAAGUUUUGUAAAUAUUUUAAGUGACUUAAUUAUUUUCUUGAGAGGCCCCCCCCCCACCCCCUAAAAGCGACAACAAAACAGUAAACAUUUGACAGUGUGGGCUUUAUUUAUUACCUGUAUGUUUGGGAGAGGAACUUGUUACUAAGGAAUAUUGUGUGGCUGAUUUCCUGUGGUUUUCCCAACAUGUUUUAUGUAAACUAUAAAAAUGCAAACUGAACUCAAUCUGCAUCCAGGAAGUGAAACAAUGAUAAUAAUAAUAAUAAUAAUAAUAAUAAUAAUAAU